AUGUUUCAACUUCGAGAUGCGAUAUUACAGCGGGAUCAUACAGACAUUCUCAUGUCCUCUCGCGGGGUACAAGGUCUCACCGUGAGCGUGGUCUUCACGGGUCUAGCAACAUGGUUCGUCGCUGUCAGGAUGUAUACCCGGAUCAAACUCAUGAGAAAGGUUGAAUCCAAUGACUGGAUGGUUAUCAUAGCCUUGGUCAACUCAUAUGUCUUCAUGGGACUAGAUAUAGUCGAAGCCCUCAGUGGAAUGGGGACGCACAUUAAGGAUAUCCCUCCGCAUAUCCUCGAGAGACAGAUGAAGGCCUUCUGGCUCACAAUUCCUUUCUAUAAUGCCGCCGUUCUCUGCGCCAAGGCCUCCAUCUUGAUGCAAUAUUUCCGGGUCUUCCCAACUUACCGCAUGCGUGUCGUCUGCUGGGUAAUGAUCAGCAUCCUCGCUAUCUACGGGACAUGGGCGGUCACCAGUGCAUUCCUGAACUGCAUCCCGGUUGCCAAAUUCUGGGAUCCCUCAAUCCAAGGACACUGUCUGAGCAAGACUGGUCUGUGGUUCUCGAACGCGAGUAUGCAUAUAGCAACCGAUCUAGCCAUCUUGAUCAUUCCAAUUCCUGCCCUGAUGGCAGUUGACUUACCUCGGAAGCAGAAGUUUGCCCUGAUGCUAAUGUUCGGCCUGGGUGGCUUUGUCUGCAUCACCAGUAUAGUUCGUCUAACCAGCCUCAAAAAGAUCGCAGACUCAACCGAUCCAACCUACGACAACGUCGCCGCCGCCGCCUGGUCCGCGGUGGAAUGCAACACCGGCAUAAUUUGCGCCUGUCUCCCAACCCUGAAGCCCCUCCUCGCUCGCCUGUUCCCGGGAAUGAUGACAACCUUCAGCGCAAGCCGCCCAAGCUACGGCGACACAGCGCACCAUAACUCAACCUGGAACGGAGACGACUCGACCCUCGGUGCACCGGGAGAUGACCCCGAAUAUGGGUCUGGUGACCCGGAGCGUGUGCUAGAGCUUGGUCCCGGUGCCGACUUUAGGAAUGAGCACGGUCAUGUACAUGGGACGAGUUGGUCUCAAGAGGAAAAGAAGGGCUUUACGCAGAUUUCUUCGAUUUCUGACCCGAACGGGCCUAGCCAUCAGGCUUCGCAUUCGUCUGAUUCGGUCGAUUCGAUGAGACGUUGA